GUCAUUAUUAGCGAAGGCAACGAUUCGUGUAGCGCACGGAACCGAUGAGCGUUUAUCCGACGGCAUUAGGCCCGUACAUCCAUUACGUCAACAUUGCAUAGUCAUUACGGCCAGGCAGCGGCGGACUCGCGGAUCAUCCUUCAUCAGUUGUGUUUUGAAUCGCAAGUAGGCUGGUGGUAACGACGGUACCAGCUGCACUGCCAUGCUUCCACCAAUACUAUUACAGCUGGCCACAGUUGUUGGGGUGUACAGCAUACUUUGCUGGUUGUAUGCCAAUCUGCGGACACCGCUGUUGCUGCUGUUCCGAAGUGCCACACAGUGGUUUGCCGGUGAUCAAAAAUCGUUGCCAAAAGUAUAUGGACAAUGGGCAGUAAUUACCGGCAGCUCGGAUGGAAUCGGCAAAGGGUACGCAAACUAUUUGGCCAGCCAGGGCAUGAAGGUGAUGCUGAUCGCUCGCAAUGAAGCGAAACUGCAACGGGUGGCCGAGGAAAUCGUGGCCAAACAUGGCACGGAGACCAAAAUAUUGGUGGCCGAUUUUUCGCAGGGCGAGCACAUUUUUGAACGGCUCGAGACGGAGCUGCUGCCGCUAGAUAUCGGUAUCUUGGUGAACAACGUUGGCGUUAUCAACGAAAAGCCCAUACAGCUGGAUCGGAUGGAAAAGCGUUUGUUGUGGGAUCUGAUCAAUAUCAACGUCGGCGCAGCAACGCUUCUGUGCAACAUUGCUCUCCCGGCGAUGAAAAAGCGCAAACGUGGGCUUAUCAUAAACAUUUCUUCCCUAUCAUCGCUUGCUCCGACCCCUUAUCUGGCGGUCUAUGCGGCAACAAAGGCUUACAUGACCAGCUUUUCCUUGGCACUGCGGGAAGAAGUGACCCCGUACGGGAUCGAAUGUCAGACCGUGUCCCCAGGGUACGUUCAUACGAGUAUGACCGAGUAUCUGCACCCGACCGAUGGGAAGAAAAACUCACUCUCCGUACGGCUUGUUAAAGUAAGCGAUAUGAUACGGUACGCCGGAUACUGUAUCGGAAAAGUGGACCAAACCACCGGCCAUUGGUCACACGGCAUACAGACCGCUAUACUGAACGCUCUGCCCGCCUCACUCAAGCUGCGAGUAUUCACCCGGCUCUACACACAGCUCUUGCACGAAUAUUCCGAUACGGACAAGAAGCUUACGUGACUGGUUAAUUGACACUUAUCAGUGCUCUGAAUACACGCGCACCGCACAGCAAGCUUGCUAACCUAACGCACGCAUACAUUGAGGCGUCUGUACAUUACCUGCUACUAGAAAUAUACACGGAAAAACUACUACUACUA